AUGUAAUAAAAUCAUACAUAAAUAUUAUUUGAUAUUCUCAUAAACGAAGUAUGUGUUUGCAAACAAAUUGAACAACACCAACAUAACUUAAAAAACCAGAGCGAUUUUAAUCCUGAAACUUCAUUUUAGGCAUUAAAACGUUUGAAUAACCCUCAAAUUUAAAUGAAUGACUUAAACGGAGAUAUACGAUAUGAAUCAUUAUAGUAUUUUUAUAAUUUAUAUAAUGAGAAAAUAUCCUAAUAUGAAUCAUAGGCAAUAAUAUAAAGAUAUAAUUAAGUAUCUAAUUUAUUAGACUAUGAUACGUUUUUGAAAAUUUUGAAUAUAAAUCCAUCCAGUAUUAGAAGAAGGAAUUAAAUUUUUUAACAUUAACAAUAAUAAAAUGUAUAAUAAGAA